UUGAAGGCGGUGCUUAGUGGGAGAAGAAGCAGGGCCUUCGCCUUUGUGGUUGUAGAAAGAGAAGAUGGCUCCCGUUCUGGAGAAACAGCUCCCGGGCGCAGCCGGGGCAGGCGACAAUAACACCGAGGAGGAAGAAGGACAAAACCUUUGGACCUCAAUACUGAGCGAGGUUUCAACUAGAUCGAGUUCAAAGUUGCCAUCAGGGAAGAAUAUCCUGGUAUUUGGUGAAGAUGGAUCAGGAAAAACAUCACUUGUGGCCAAACUUCAAGGAGCUGAUCACAACAAGAAAGGGAGGGGGCUGGAGUAUCUGUACUUAAAUGUCCACGAUGAGGACAGAGAUGACCUAACUCGAUGUAAUGUGUGGAUCCUUGAUGGAGACCUAUACCAUAAAGGCCUACUUAAGUUUGCAGUGUCACCCCAGUCACUACCUGACUGUCUUGCUGUAUUUGUUGCGGAUAUGUCACGGCCCUGGACCAUUAUGGAGUCACUGCAGAAGUGGGCAAGUGUGCUACGUGAUCAUGUGGACAAGCUCAAGAUGGCACCUGAGGACAUGAGAGAAAUGGAGCAGAAGAUGGUGAAGGCGUUUCAAGAGUACACAGAACCAGAGGAUGCCAACCAACCGUCCCCACAGAGACGGCCCCCAACUGCAGGGGAAGAUGAGGCUGUUGUGUUACCACUUGGGGACAACACACUGACACACAACCUGGGCGUUCCAGUGCUAAUAGUUUGUUCAAAGUGUGAUGCAGUCAGCGUACUAGAGAAGGAGCAUGACUACAGAGAAGAGCACUUUGAUUUGAUCCAGUCCCACAUCAGGCGAUUUUGCUUACAGUACGGAGCUGGUUUGAUCUAUACAUCGGUCAAAGAGGAGAAAAACAUGGAUCUGCUUUACAAAUAUAUAGUCCAUAAAAUGUACGACUUCCAGUUCACAACACCUGCCUUAGUGGUGGAGAAGGAUGCAGUGUUCAUUCCGUCUGGAUGGGAUAAUGAGAAGAAAAUUGGGAUUUUGCAUGAAAACUUCACAACGGUCAGACCCGAAGAUCCAUUUGAAGAUUUUAUCACAAAGCCUCCAGUUAGAAAGCUUGUUCAUGACAAAGAGAUAAACGCAGAGGAUGAGCAGGUAUUCCUGAUGAAGCAACAGUCUUUGUUAGCAAAGCAGCCAGCCACGCCAACAAGAGGAGCAACAGAGUCUCCAGGACGGACAGCCUCAGGGUCUCCAAGGCCUGCAGGUCGCGCUGGCCAACCCACAGUGACCAGCGGCUCACCGAUGGCUGCUGUGAAAAAGCCUGACCCCAACAUGAAAGCGGGAGCUGCCAAUGAGGGAGUGCUGGCUAACUUCUUUAACAGUCUGUUGAGUAAAAAGACUGGAUCCCCAGGAUCCCCAGGGAGCCCGGGGAGUGGAGCAGUAGGAGCUGGAGUUCAAGGGUCUGCCAAGAAAACAGGGCAGAAGCCGGGUUUGACUGACGUCCAGGCUGAGUUGGACAGGAUGACUCGCAAACAAGACUCCAUGGUUUCAGCUAACAACAUACCACCGCCGACAGAGAACGAAGCGUGAAGGCUACAAAAACAGCUGCAUCGUCCACUGCAUUAUUACUCUGGAAAAAAAACAAAAACAAAUACAUGUGAGCCUGGAAAAAAAAAAAAAGACCAAAUUCCCAACGUCUAUGUCAGUCCGCACACGUGGUGGUUUUACCAAAACGAGUUUCAGAUGCUAUCAGAUAUUUUGGACUUCUGGUGAUAUGUUAUAGAGUGAGACAAGAGAGUUGGAGGUGUUAAUGAGAUAAGUGUUGAAGGCUUGGCUUUAUUUCUGUCCUCUCCUCCACUGAAAGUGUUAUUUUAUGAGGAAUUUUGAUAAAUGGAAACGUGUGCACACUCCCUGGCAGGCAGCCUGAUGUGCUGGACUGCAGGUCCCCCAGUUUCUGGGAUAUGACUCCCUCUCCCGUUGGGUUUAAAAGAGUGGAAAUAUUCCUGGUCCUGUGGCCUUUGAGUCAGCUUAUCUCAUGGAAGGAAUUUGGUUGCGCUUGAAAAGGUAUUUAAACUUUAAAUAUAUUCAUCGAGAACAGUAAUUAAAAUAAUUGCAAACACAUGUAGUAUGUAAAAAAUGUUGGAUAUGAUGCUGAUGUAUUUAUACAAAGUUCCUCUUUUUAUUUUAUGUUGUGCACCAUUUUUCGGUUUAAGGAAACAUUCAACUGUAUCGCAUAACAUGUUAAAAUGCCACUGAUGUCAUGACACUAAUAUGACCAGUCCAGAUAGCUGAUAGCAUAGCAUAUCAUCCACCUUAGUCACCUGGAAGGAUUAUGUAAAUAUAAAUACAAAAAGAAAUUCAGGUUAACUUGAUUUUGUAUAAAAUGCAAUUCUGUCCAAAUUCUUUGAUUAGCUUCUUUGACUAAAUGAGUUGGGAAUUGACAGGCUUAGAGGUUGCAACAGAGUUGCUUCUUUUGCUACAAAUGUGUAUAUUUGGGGAGGGGGUUGGGCAGCAUCUUUCCUACUAUAACUCCUAAGUGCCUCGCACAGUUAGCUGUUUGUGUCAUAGUAGAGGUGCUUGUCUACGUAAGAGGAAAUGCACUGUAGCAUCAUUGGUUUAAAGGAUUUUGUCCAUUUUUUUUUUGUCAUCCAAAUAAUUUAUUUUGUUUUACAUUUUUGUUAAUGUACAACAAGCCUGUGGUCUCUUGUUAUUUUUCAGAAAUAAGAUUUCUGUGGCCUAGUUGAUCGUGUUUAAUGGAGCAAUAGAUUAAUUGCAUACAAACUGUAAAGGCUGCUCAUAUUAAGGAAUUAAGAAACCACAUGUUGGAACUUUUGGGUCCCUUAGACGAACACUUACUGCGGGUGAAACCACUCGUCUUGCAGCCAAAAGACACACAACAAUUCGCUGUGGUUGGAACAAAACUGAGAUAUUGUAUCCUUUAGUGAUCGACAGCUCUAUCCUCCUUUUGGUUUUGCUUGUUGUACAUAUCCGCUGUACUUUGCAUGUCAGUUAAAACAUUCCCAGUUUCUACAUGAAGUAGUUGUAGAAACACAUCCCUGUAGGUUUGUCCAGUCAGGUCGUUUAGUUUAUUCUUUCAGUGCCCAUUUAAAACAACAACCUUUGCCUUCAAUGUACAGCUAACUGUUUGUCACACUGGGCCCCCUGCCUUCACAGGAAUGCUCCUAAUUAAUUUGUGUGUCCUUAAGGGGUUGCUUAUUUGUCUUCUGUAAUAGCUUUUUAUUAUUAUACUGUACCAUAUCACUAAUCUGUAAUAUUUAUGGUUUCAUGACACCAUAAUUGAAUCAAAUUAAUUGUUAUUAUCUUAAGUCUGUAUGCAAGGCCCUCCUUAAUCCUAUGGAUCGUUCUCAUCUGUAGCUUUCACAGAUUGAUUUGCAAGUGGUGAAGAAAGCAGCUAUUUUCUAAUUAAGUAAUAGCAAGCUAGGGAAACUGGAGUGAAUUAAAACCAUGAACCAAAGAUGCAUAUUAGUCACAAUGUUCUGCUUUUAUAGUUGGCAGUCAUCCAUAAGAUUAAUCAGCGGCCCUUUUUUGUCCUACUUUGCAUGGAGCAAAAUUUUGAAAUUUCACUUCUAACAAUGAGCUCUUCUUUUGAAUUGCGACCUAUUUAAAUUGCAGAUAUGCCUUACUCCACUCAGCCAUGUCUGGGGUUUUACAAGUCAAAAGAUAAAAUAUACGUAAUUGUGUGCAGCAGUUAAAGCAAUUUCACCAAACUGGUCUAAAAAGUUAUUUCAUUUUUGAACUGCGAGGGAAUAGCCAUGAGACCAUAUUUGUGUACACUUUGGUUCAUCUAUAAUUUUUUUUUUUUGUCAAAGAUUUAAACAACAGUUUUGGAUUUACUUUUGAUCAAAACAAAGCUCUUAUUGAUCUUCUUUUGUCUUUAUUUGUGACUGGGAGGAAUGUGCACCUGAGGGUCUGUUGGCAACAUGGAUGAAGCACAAUUUUUCAAGAACAGCCAGGGGCUGUACCCACACAUGUUGAAAUAAGCACUUUUCCUUGGAAACUUGUAUCAAUUCCCUGUUGGUACAGUAUCAGAUCCAGAAUGCAUUGUUUUUCUCCUUUGAUUUGCCUUUUUAGAAAACUUAGUAUUGAACCCUAGAAGUUAACCUUCACUUUGAAACUUAAUUUUGUAUCUGCAUUUGCUGCUUGAGUUAUGGAUGGUGCCCCCUGGUGGUUAACUAUGGAAUAACCCCUUUCUGCUUAUGAUAUUGUACAUUUGAUAUCAAUCAUCUAGACAUGACCUUCACUGGGGAUGUUUUGGACAUCUUAAAGUAGAUAAAACAAAUACCAUAAAGCAUUCAUUGUCCUUUUUGCCCAUGUAUGAACGUCCCCUUAUUUGUUCAUACGUCCCACUUUGGCACGUUUUGUUUUCAUAUGUUUUUUCCCAUAGACACUUUCUAUUUUAGAAUAAUUUGUAAAGUCCCCCCUGACUUUAUUGACCACACUGAUAUUUCUUCAUUAAACCUGGCCACUCUAAUUAUAAUUUGGCUGAGUGGAAUGACGAGCUCUCAUACCGCUUGGUUUCAAAGUUGCUCUUUGUAAGAAUUGGGUCCUCCCAAGAUUGAUCAGUCAACAGAUGUUGCUACUUUUGUACUUAAUCAUUAGUGGAAGGAACUGCCUCUUCACAUCCUAUCUGAAUUGCCUUCGACCACUAUUGUCAGUCUACUUCUAUAUGAGACUAUGAGCUUCUGCUUCCAGCUCUUUUUGUAUUCAGGAUAUCAACACAUUGUAAGCACAUGGCUGGCUGCAUUUUUUUUGUGUCCUGAUUUAAUUCAGAAUUUUGAUUGUAUGACUUUAACACAAUUCUGUAGCCUCUAAGCUGCCAUGUGGAUUCUCGCUUCUUAUGCCGACAAAGAUAAAGAAAAUGUUUAUCAGACCCCUGGCUUCAAUAAAACCAAGAAUACAAACUUUG